AUGCUUGCAACGCUCCAGAAGGCCUCAUCGGCGGUAGAUCGCAAACCAAAAACUAUCUAUCAAUUGGACUCCCCUUUCACUACUCCUACAUGUCUCCUCGCCCCUAUCGGCCACCACCGCAGGGAGCAUGUAGCCCCAUCCAAGGGAAAGCGCGCCCAAAAACGCAAAAGGGCAGAAGAGAAGAGGGCCGGCAUGAUUGCAGAAUCUCCGCCCAUACCUCCUCUGCCCGAGAUCUCGCAGUAUGUGGUUGUGGGCCUGAACAGCCUCACUCGGCACCUGGAAGCGCUAUCGCAGAAGUCCAAACCUCAACAACAAAUCUCCAACCCCAAUCAGGAUGUCGAUGUUGAGAACUCCCCUGCCGCUCAACUGCCACCGCCCGCGCAAGGAGAGACAACCGCCAAGCCAGAGAAUCCCGCUCAAAGCAAGCACUUCUCGGCCAUCUUCUUGCCCACCUCCCUCUCUAUCCACCCCCGCGCCUCCAUCCUUUCGGCCCAUCUUCCUGCUCUAGCCCACACAGCUUCUCUCGCACAUCCCUCUCUCCCAGCAACGCGGCUUGUGCAGCUCCCGGUUGACAGCGAGGCUAGGCUUUGCGAAGCCCUGGGCUUGCCUCGGGUAUCAUUUAUUGGGCUUGUGGAGGGGGCGCCACAUUCGAAGUCUGUUGUGGAUGUCGUGAGGGGAGGUGUGAAGGAAGUGGAGGUCAACUGGCUGGAGGAGGCGGGAGUGGCCGUGUACAAGAAGGUGAGGAUUGAGGCUGUUGAGACAUUUAUUGGGGCUGGGAAGGAGAAGGUUGCAAAGAAGACGAAGCGCGUGGAGGCAGGAGACUGA